AUGAGGCCACCCUCAGCAGCUGAGCUCCGCAAGGCCCAAAUCGUCGCCUCCUUGCCCAAGUCAGAUCCAAGGGUUCCCGGGAUUCCUUCUCCUUCGAAUGGAACUGAAGACCAGCUGCUUGAUGGAUUGCUCGCCUCUGGCGUGGACGACCGCUCUUGCUUGAGCAGGUACCGAUCGGCGGCAUACCACAGGGAUUCGCCCUACAAGCCAUCUGCCGACCUGGUGGAGAGCCUCCGGAGAUACGAAGCUCUGCACAAGAGCUGCGGACCUCAAACAGAGGCCUUUGAGAAAUCCAUGCUUCUGCUGAAGAACCCCCCCCAUGGCGGCCCCUCGCGGUGCAAGUACCUGGUGUGGACUCCUGAGAAUGGGCUGGGGAACCGGAUGUUAAGCCUGGCGUCUACCUUCCUCUAUGCUCUGCUUUCGGACCGGGUGCUGCUAAUUGACAGAGGAAAAGACCUCGACAGCCUCUUCUGCGAGCCAUUCCCCGGCAGCUCUUGGUUGCUCCCUCCGGACUUCCCUCUGAAAUUUCGUGCCGUCUUCAACAAGACGCACCCCCGCAGAUUUGGAAACAUUCUGAGGAGCAGAAGCAUCAGCGAUGAUGUUCCCCAGCCGGCGAUGGUCUAUGCCCACCUGUCCCAUGACUACGACGACCAGGACAAGCGCUUCUACUGCGACGCGGACCAGAUGCUCCUCCACGAGGUCCCGUGGAUGGUGCUGAGAUCGGACCAAUACUUUGUGCCGGCUCUCUUUCUCCUCCCGUCGUUCGAGCGGCGACUGCACCAGCUGUUCCCCCAGAAGGAGGCGAUCUUCCACCACCUGAGCAGGUACCUCUUCCACCCUAGCAACCCUGUGUGGAAUCUGAUCAUCUCCUACUUCGAAGCUAAUCUCGCCGGAGCGACGGAGACCUUGGGCAUACAGCUCCGGAUCCACGGCUCAGAAAAUCCGAUAAUCAAGCUCAUCACACGCCAGAUCCUCAACUGUACUUGGGGAGAGAAGCUAUUGCCCCUCCCCGUUGCCCACAACUCCACCGGGAUUCCCUCCCAGAAGACUGUAUCAGUUCUCCUCACGUCUCUCCACUCCGAAUUCCUCGGUAGACUGGAGAACAUCUACCGGGGUUUUUCCCUGGGCAUCAGCUUCCACCAGCCGAGCCACGAGGAGCGGCAGCAGACGGGGAGGGAGGCGCACGACGCGAAGGCCCUGGCGGAGAUUUUUCUUCUCAGCACUGCCGAUACGCUAGUAACCAGCGCGUGGUCGACGUUCGGGUACGUCGCUCAGGGGCUUGGGGGGCUGACCCCGUGGAUCCUGCGGGGGCCGGUGCACGCCGCCGUGCCGCAGCCCGCGUGUGUCCGAGCGACGUCCAUGGAGCCCUGCUUCCACUUCCCCCCCAACUACGACUGCGCCACUGGGGCCUUCUUCUACACCAAGAAGGUCCUCCCUUACACGAAGCAGUGCAGAGACAGGAAUCCCGGCCUGAAACUUGUCGACAGGAGGAGGAAGACCGGCAGAUGA